CAUUUUUAUCAAGAACGUCAACAAGAAGUAGCCACCAGUUACGUUGUAAAACUUUUUUUGAUGUUUAGGAAGUUUUAGAUAUGAAUAUAUCAUUAUUAAUGCAAGAACUGUGUUGUUUUUGACCAGUUGGAUUUUAUUAGCUUAAUUGUUUUUAUUUAAUUGUAUCUUGAGCUUUUGCUCGGAAUGGAUGGAGCGUGGAUUCAUCGUUUGUUUACAUCAUGAAUCAUGAGAUCAGCUGACUAACGUUAGCUAGCCAGCUUGCUAGCUACCAAUUUCUGGUUUAGCAAAGCAGCUACAUUGCUUACUAACGUUACAAUGUGUUUGGAAAUUGUCGUUCAGUAUUCAUGCAUCCCAAAGGACAUUUGAAACGAACUCUUCUACCAAGCUAUAGCUGGCAGCGGCAAUAGCUAGUUGUUAGCUAACUAGCUCGCUCGCUUCUAGCAUUAGCUUUGUUUUCAGCAAUCACACCCAUUGACCCAGUGAGUGUAGGACGCUGGCCAACUUGCUGUGGCUAGCUAGCUUACCGUUACAAAUAUGCCUUGUACUUGUGGGAACUGGAGGAGAUGGAUUCGGCCUCUGGUCGUUCUUCUAUACUUUCUGGUUGUGCUUGUCGUCCUACUACCCCUGUGCAUCUGGGAACUACAGAAAUCAGAGGUUGGUACCCAUAACAAAGCAUGGUUCAUAGCUGGGAUAUUCGUGUUCAUGACCAUACCCAUAUCACUAUGGGGGAUCCUGCAGCAUCUUGUGAACUAUACUCAACCAGAGCUACAGAAGCCAAUUAUCAGAAUAUUAUGGAUGGUCCCCAUUUACAGUUUGGACAGUUGGAUUGCGCUGAAGUACCCCAGCAUUGCCAUCUACGUGGACACGUGCAGGGAGUGCUACGAGGCUUACGUCAUCUACAACUUCAUGAUCUUCCUGCUCAACUACCUGGGAAACCAGUACCCCAGCCUGGUACUGAUGAUGGAGGUGCAGGAGCAGCAGAAACACCUUCCUCCCCUCUGCUGCUGCCCGCCAUGGCCCAUGGGAGAGGUAUUGCUAUUGAGAUGCAAGCUGGGAGUGUUGCAGUACACAGUUGUCAGACCAGUCACAACAGUUAUUGCCUUGAUAUGUCAGCUCUGUGGUGUGUAUGAUGAAGGUAACUUCAGCUCAACCAAUGCAUGGACGUACCUGGUGAUAUUCAACAAUAUGUCCCAGCUGUUUGCCAUGUACUGCUUGGUCCUGUUCUACAAGGCCCUAAGAGAGGAACUGGCCCCCAUCAGACCAGUGGGGAAGUUCCUGUGUGUCAAAAUGGUGGUGUUCGUCUCCUUCUGGCAAGCUGCGUUCAUUGCUCUCCUGGUCAAGGUGGGAGUGAUCUCAGAGAGACACACGUGGGACUGGGACAGUGUGGAGGCUGUAGCUACAGGUCUACAGGACUUCAUCAUCUGUGUGGAGAUGUUCCUGGCGGCCAUCGCCCACCACUUCAGCUUCACCUACAAGCCCUACAUCCAGGAGGCUGAGGAGGGAUCCUGCUUCGACUCCUUCCUAGCCAUGUGGGACGUGUCUGACGUCAGGGCUGACAUCUCUGAGCAAGUUCGCAACGUCGGGAGAACGGUUAUGGGCCGCCCUAGGAAGACCUACUUCGGUGAGGCGGAGGACGACGGCGAGCGCUCAGGCCUGCUUUCUCCAGGAUCCCUGGACACCAUCGGUCCCACGGAGACCUUGUCCAACCCGGCAUCCCCCAAGGGUCGGUACCAGGGCCUGGGUAAAACCCAAACGCCCCACUCCCUGUCGGCCCCCGCCGGGCUCAGCAAUGCUCAGUGGAUUGGAGAGGGGGAUGGAGAGGAGAGGGAAGACGAUGGUAGACCAGCCCCAGAGCCCAGAAACACCACCAACGAGCCAACAGACUCGGUUACAGACGACCUUGUCGUUAUCACCUAGCUUAGCGUCAUCGCUAAAAUCCUCCAAUGGAGACUCUGAAUGCACAUUAUACCAAACACAGUUGGGCAGGAACCAGGUAUGGCCUCGGCUACAUUUCCCUCCAGACGAUAUUUGACUACCGGUAAUCCGCACGGCCAAAUUAAAGCAAGCGAUGAAAAAGCACACGUUAGUCAAGCAAUAUUGUAGUGAGUCAUUCGUCCACCGGGGCUGAUGCAGAUGGACCUCUGUCAAUGACAGCUCGAAGAAUGUUCAUAAGCUUUCGUAAGGGUCUCAUGAAACGAGAUAUUUAAGAGAUGUUUUCUUGUUUCCAUAUUGUACUACUGAGUGAUAAUGGUAAAGUACGGUACAUCAAUACUUUAUUUUAGGAUAACCCAGUCUUCAUUGCAAUGGGUCUGGACAAAAAGCCUGUGAGAGAUUUUACCAGUAUUCUUGUUCUAUAAUAGCGCCUGGGUGAUAUCACUACAAACUCGUUAAUCAUAUAUCCCAAGGGUUUUAGUUGUUGCUACGAAAACGUUAAAAGUAUAUGUAGCUUUUGAACUGAAUCUUAUACAAAAUACUGGUUUGCGCCAAUGAUUGGUUUAUUUACAUAAUUGGUUUGCACAUGCUUGAAUAUGGUCUUCGAACCUAUGGUACAUAUUUUUAAGCAUGAAGCUCUGUCUCACUUUGGCAUUAAUGCUAACAGCUGGGUAGUCUCUAUAGUCUUCUCAGAUGCCUUCUUUGUGACGUACGUGGUCCUAGUGUAUCCACUAUCAAGUAAUUCACACAUUUCACGUCUGCCUCUCAUUUGUACAUUUGUAAACUGAUGCUUACAUAGUCAUGGUUAUAGAUAUACAGUGGGGAGAACAAGUAUUUGAUACACUGCCGAUUUUGCAGGUUUUCCUACUUACAAAGCAUG